AACACUCCGGAUGGGAAUGAGCGGUGGCCUGAGGGAGGCGGCGGCCGACGACCACCUACACCACCAUCGUUCUCCGUCUUCUACUGAGGCCGAGCCCCGGCUGAGCAUGGACCCGAGGAGGCAGACAGCACAGGGCGGACCGCAGAGACAGAGGAGCACAAAGCGGAGCGGAGACACCGCUUAGCCUCCCCGAGACACAUCGCCCCCCCCCCCUCAGCUAACCGCACAGAAGACACCGGAGGAGAAGAGUCGGAGGCUGCCGGGCCGAGUCGAGCCUCUCACGCCGCCUCUUCGGACACUAAACGCGGACUGUGGGUCCGUCUCCACCCGCCUCGUCGGUGCCACCGGCAGCGGAGGAGAAAAUGAGUGAACAGAGUAUCUGCCAGGCGCGGGCCUCGGUCAUGGUCUAUGAUGAUGCCAGUAAGAAGUGGGUGCCCAUCAAGCCCGGGCAGCAGGGCUUCAGUCGCAUCAACAUCUACCACAACACUGCCAACAACACCUUCAGAGUGGUGGGCGUCAAACUGCAGGACCAGCAGGUGGUGAUCAACUACUCCAUAGUAAAGGGGCUGAAGUACAAUCAGGCCACUCCCACCUUCCAUCAGUGGCGUGACGCUCGCCAGGUCUAUGGGCUGAACUUUGCCAGUAAGGAGGAGGCCACCACCUUCUCCAACGCCAUGCUGUUCGCCCUCAAUGUCCUUAGCUCACCUGACAGCGGAGGUCCAGUCGUUCAGCGCCAAAAUGGGCCGUCCUCAGAGGAAAGUGAGGCACAGAGGAGGAUGAUGGAGCAACAUCAGAUGCAGGCGCACAAGGAGAGGGAGCGACGGACGUCAGGAUCAGUCGUUUCCACUCUCCAAUAUAAAGUCUCCACUCCUGUCACCCACCCAGACACCCCUCCCGAGUACAGACAGUACAGAGCUAGCACACUGCCACCCUCCUACGUCCGCGUGGCCUCCUCCCCUCCCACCUCCGCCUCCUCCUCUCCGUCUCAGGAGAAAGAGGCAGGGGCUGCUAGGGACAAGGCCCAGCUUUCCUCCCAGCUCUCCACCUCCCUCGCCUCAGCUUUUUCCCCAGUCCAGGCAGGAGUGACCACGCAGGGCCGACAGGUCCGUCAGAUCCCCCUGUCUCCUCCCACUGCAGCCCGCCACCUCCACCUCCAACAGCAGCAACAAGACUUCAUGCUCCCCCCUAAACAUGGCACCUGGUCCGCUUCUCAUUUGCAGCAAAUGUAUGCCCAGUUGCCCCCCUCCUGCUCCCCUCCAGUCAUGAUGGCCAUGCCUGUGAAGCAGAGCUUGCCCCCACAGCCCGUUCUCCCGGUGGCUCACCCACUCCCACCCGUGAGCACCAGGAUGAAGCCCCCACCUCGUGACCCGGGCACCAUGACAGGCCCUCACCAACAGUACCCCCAGCACCAGCCCCACCCUCACUCCAACGGCCAGCCAGACGACCAUUACUCCCCUCACUCUCAGCAUCUGCCACUCACCCCUCAGCUCUGCGAGGCCGUCCCCCUGCCUCCUCUGAUAGGUCAGCCGGCCCCAGGCUCUGCCCCCAGCCACCACUCCCAGUACUCUUCCACCUUCCACCCUCAGCAGCAUCAGCAACUACAACAACAACCACCACCGCAGCAGCAGGUGUACCACCAUCAGACCCAGCCCCUCACCACCACUUCCUCCUCCUCCUCCUCACCCCCCUCUUACACUGCAAUGUCUGACGGGGGCUCGCCCAAGAAGACCCCCUCCCCCAUCCCCCAGCAGGCCCCAAUGGCCAUCAGCAGCCCCCCUGUCUCUGCAGGUCACCCAUCUAUGCUUUCUGUGGCGCCCCCUCCAGCUGCAGUUCCAGCACCCAUCGCUGGCCCUCCAGCACCACCACCUCCACCGGGUCCACCGCCCCCGAUGGCAGUGCCCCCACCCAUGCCCCCUCCGCUGCCCACUGGUGGAGGGCCUCCUGGGGGGCCGCCCGGGGUCCAGCAUCAACCCUCAGGACUGGCUGCAGCAUUGGCUGGAGCCAAACUACGUAAAGUACAUAGGGAUGAAAGCAGUCCGCCUGGGUCUGGAGGAAAAAGUGACUCCAACCGGUCUAGUGGUGGCAGUGGUGGUGGUGGUGGUGGUGGUGGGGAGGGACUGAUGCAGGAGAUGAAUGCCUUACUAGCUCGCAGACGGAAAGCUUCAGAGAAACCUGAUGAAGAUGACUCCAGUGGUCGGGGGCCUGGUCAGAACUCAACAGAUGCUGUGAAGAAACCAUGGGAGCGAUCCAACUCUGCAGAAAAGUCCUCACUGGUGUCAAGGGUGAGACCCAUUGGCAGCACAAGUGAAUCAGACACAGAGUUUGACAGAAUGAAACAGGAAAUCCUGGACGAAGUUGUUCGCGAAUUACAUAAGGUGAAAGACGAAAUCAUAAAUGCCAUCAGACAAGAAAUCGGCAGAAUCAGUACGUCCUAAUCUCAUCUGAGCCGCAGUCGGAGGAGAGCGAGAGGAGGAGUGAGAGGAGGACGGACAUGCAGAUGCACAGACAAGAGGACCAAGGAAUGUUCUCUCAACGUUUCUGUGAGCUUGCGAUGCCACGAUGCAAGUUGCAGAGAUGUUGUGCCAACAUUUGAGUCUGCUGGACAGCGAAAACGGAAAGGAAAAAAAUAGCAAUGAACGGAGAAAGGAUUGACGAGAGGAGGGCAGAAGACAUGGAUGGAUAAAGAAUGACGACAGGACUGAUGAACUAAACAGAGGAUUGAAAGAUGAACUGAAAGACGAAUGGAGGGAUUGACGGAUGUUAGUGCUGGAUUCGGUGUUGUGUCCUCUCUGUGCACCUACGAUAGACUCAGUCAGCCCAGUGUUGCAACUCUUUGUUCUCUGUUCAGUCUUAAGAGGAAAAUAUUUUUGUUUUCUAAGUUUUUACUGUUUUAUUAUUUAAAACCUGUGGUGAUAAUGAUGAUGCUGUGGACGACAAUGAGUAUUUUAAUGAUAUUAUAGAAGGAGAAAGGAAUCUUGCACACCAUUAAUGUCAGCCUUUUAUAUUUUCUAUUAUUUUUUUCGUUUUAGUUCGUCCCUAAAUAUUUGAUGAUAACAAGCACAAUAUGGGCGAAACGGUGCUGCAGACUCACCUGCCCUCAACUGGCGUAUUUUAAAAGAACUGGCUUUUUAUGACCCUGUUCAUACUGAUGUUGUGUGUCUAACCUUUUCUCUCCAGAGAUAAUGGAAAACAUGUUCAUGUUUGAACGACAAUUAGCCUCUUAAAUUACUUCCUCCUUCCACGCUCGAAGUGUUAAGAACGAGCAAAAGAUUCUUCUGGCGAAUAAUCGAAUAACGCACUUUUGCUCUACAACUCCAGUGGGACUGAGGAACACGUUCGUCUCAGAUGUGCGAGAUCAUUGAAACUUGGGGAUCGUUCACAAAACAGGCCAAUAACUGUAAAUGUGCCACCUAGUUUUACCUAGAUAUAAAACAGUGUAGUGCUAGGGUAUCUUAUUAGUCAUCCUAUGCUUUGUGAACCGACCAAGUAUGCAUGAAACCUCUAUCUCUAGUCUUUUUUAUUUGGUUUGACGAAGAGAAAAAUAAUUUUAAAAAAGACACUAAAAAUACAAACGGUGGUACAUUUAUUAUAGUGGUUUGUUUCCAUGAAGAUUCCCCCUGUCUAUAUAUGAGAUGUUGAACUUGAUAAUGGUAGCAAUGUGAAAAAAAACAAAGGGGGGGAGUGUGUUGGCAAUAUGCAAAUCUUAAAUAGAAAAGACUGUGCAGAAAGUGACUGUUGGCCUGUGUGAUGGUAGCUACAUUUGUCUUUGCAGGAAGGACUCAGUUGAUUAUGGGUUGUUUGCAUUUUAUCCACUCUGUUCGCUCUCAAUACGUUCUGAUUUAAAAAGCUGGAAGUAAAUUCAUUCAAACUGAAAACAAGACGUGUCGGAGAUCUACGCAAUAUCCUGCUUUCUGUGUGUGUGUCUGUCAGUGUGUCAGUGUGAGCAUAUGUUGUUCAAAAAGAAAAGUUCACAUCUGAAGUUCAAAUACAAACAGACACACGACAAAUCAACCACAAACAUCAUCCUUAUUUUACUGUUUUAUAUCUCUUAUAGACAAUUAAAUAGAAACAUCAGAUCAUUGUUAUCAAUCACAACACAUAGAUAAUAUUGUUUAUACAAUGGACCAAAAAAAGAACGAACACCAUACAAUACCAGAGCUCUGCAGGAACUUCUACUGAGGAGAACAAUGUCAUGAGGACGUGUUGAUUUGAUUUUUUGUAGACUGUGCCACCAUUUAAUGUGGUAUUCUAUAAACUUACUAAAAAUAUAGUGCACAACCUUAGCAGCACAGAUCUUCUUAUAUUUCAUGACUAUAACAAACUACAGCCUGAAAAAAUACAACAGAUCAUUCAUCAGUCCACAGUCUCCAAAAACAAACACUUAAAACUCAUCCAACUGGAUUUUAUUUUGCAUUGUAGGUUGUUUCUGUUAUUAUGUCCAUUCCCUGUCGACAGAAUCAAACCGUUCACAGUAGAAUGGGGCAUCACUGAAGAAAACGCUCUUCUCACUGAAAGGUAAGUUUCAACGCUCAUUUUCCACCUUAGCACCGUUCUCUGCGCGUUGGAAGUUAAAGUGUAUUUGGAGAUCCGCGAGGCUGAGUGAGCCUUUUUAUUCUCACAUUCAGAGAUUGCUGAAGGGGCCUGAUGUAACGCUGCCAGGCAGGAGAGGAAUUGACAGCUCUGUAAAACUGCUUGAGAAUAAACAUGACCAUUGUCUUGACAGAAAUUAGAAAUGUUUAUAUUCCAUAUAUUAUAUUACACUGAAAAAAAAA